UAAGCACAAGACUGCGCCCAGGUUACCUUUUCUCCUACGUGGUACGUACCCUUAUUUACACCUGCUUUCAAAAGCCAGCAGAUUCAACCAGUCUAAAAGCAUAAAGAAGAAUUUCCAGAUUGGUUCAUGAUGGAAAACCACACAAUGCAGAUCUCUCAGGAAGAGCUGGAAGAAAUGAAAGAAGCCUUUAACAAAAUAGAUCUUGACAAUUCUGGUUAUAUCAGUCAUUAUGAGCUUCAAGAUCUCUUUAAGGAAGCAAAUCAUCCUCUACCUGGCUACAAGGUGCGUGAAAUUGUGGAACAAAUUAUAGCCGUGGGAGACCGUUCUGGGGAUGGACGAAUUAGUUUUGAGGAAUUUGCCUUGGUCUUCCAUGAUCUUAAAGACAAGGAAAUCAGCAAAACGUUUAGAAAAGCCAUCAACAAAAAACAGGGGAUUUGUGCUAUAGGUGGCAUGUCUGACAGAUCCAGUGAAGGGACCCAGCACUCCUAUGAAGAGGAAGAAAAGGUUGCAUUUGUUAAUUGGAUUAACAAAGCAUUGGAAGGCGAUCCUGACUGUAAACAUUUGAUUCCCAUGAAUCCCAACAGUGACCAUCUGUUUAAUGCAGUUGGCGAUGGCAUUCUCCUAUGCAAAAUGAUUAACUUAUCCCAGCCAGAUACAAUUGAUGAGCGAGUAAUUAACAAGAAGAAGCUGACGCCAUUCACAAUUUCUGAAAAUCUGAACCUUGCUCUGAACUCUGCCUCUGCCAUUGGCUGUACAGUGGUGAACAUCGGUGCAGAAGAUCUAAAGGAAGGCAGACACCACCUGGUACUCGGCCUCCUGUGGCAGAUCAUAAAGAUUGGCUUGUUCGCUGACAUUGAGAUUACCAGGAAUGAAGCACUUAUUGCUCUGUUAAGGGAAGGCGAAGAGCUGGAGGAGCUGUUAAAAAUCUCACCUGAAGAUCUUCUUCUGCGUUGGGUUAACUACCAUUUGGAAAGAGCUGAUUACGGAAAAAUCAGUAACUUCAGUGAAGACAUUAAGGAUUCCAGGGCUUAUUUCCACCUACUUAAUCAGAUUGCACCCACUGGAGAAGAUGAUAAAAUGCCGAUUAAAAUUGAUAUGUCUGGUUAUAAUGAGAUGGAUGACCUCAAGAGAGCAGAAUACAUGCUGCAACAAGCUGAUAAACUGGGCUGCAGACAGUUUGUCACACCAGAUGAUGUUGUCAAAGGCAAUCCCAACCUCAACCUUGCCUUUGUAGCCAACCUGCUCAAUAAGUAUCCUGCACUGCACAGGCCAAAUAAUGAAUAUGACCUCACUUUGUUGGAAGGUGAAUCAAGGGAAGAAAGAACCUUCCGGAACUGGAUGAAUUCACAAGGAGUGAGCCCGUUUGUCAAUCACCUUUACAGUGAUCUGACUGAUGCCUUAGUAAUAUUUCAGCUAUACCAGAGUGUCAAUGUGCCAGUAGAUUGGAACCGAAUCAAUAGACCUCCCUAUCCACAGCUUGGGGCGAACAUGAAGAAGCUUGAAAACUGCAACUAUGCUGUUGAACUGGGUAAAACCAAGGCCUGCUUUUCCCUUGUGGGUAUUGCGGGGCAAGAUUUGAAUGAAGGCAAUCGAACCCUUACACUGGCUCUAGUUUGGCAGCUCAUGAGAAGGUACACCCUGAAGGUGCUUUCAGAUCUUGGAGAUGGGUCAAAAGUGACAGAUGAAAUUAUUAUAAGAUGGGUAAAUGAGACUUUGGCAAAAGCACAGAAGAACAGCUUAAUUACUAGCUUCAAGGAUAAAUGCAUUUCCACCAGUUUGCCUGUUAUAGACUUGAUAGAUGCUGUCGUACCAAAUGUAAUUCGCUAUGAACUGGUGAAAUGUACUGACCUUACAGAUGUUGACAAGUUGAACAAUGCAAAGUAUGCCAUUUCAGUAGCCCGAAAGAUGGGUGCUCGGGUAUAUGCACUGCCUGAAGAUCUGGUGGAAGUAAAACCAAAAAUGGUUAUGACUGUUUUUGCCUGCUUAAUGGGAAAAGGAUUGAAGAAGGUGUGAAGGGAAAUGAGUGUUUUUAUUCACCAGGACCCUGUGUCAUAUCCAUUGGAUUCUGCAAUCUACAUAUUUGGAACUUACAACUUAAAAGAAUUUCUUACUUUUUACUUUUGUAUCUGUUUUCAGCAAAGAGUUUAAUAUUGUUGAGUAUAAUUUCAGACCCAAGUACUAACAGGGAAACACUUUUGUCUUGCACACAUGAUCACAUACCAUGCAUGCAUUUGAAAUUUAGCUAGUAAAUCAAAACUUGUAUUUCUUUCAAUUUGCUCUUUACCAGAUCACCCACCACAAUUCUGCAUACUUCCUGUGUUGCUUACAUCUGAAAUAUGUCCAAUAUUCUUUGCUUAAAUAUGUUCGUGUUCUGCCUGCUUUUUGGAUCUAAUUGCAUUUUAACAUGUUUAAUAUUAUCAAAUUAUAAAUGUAUAUAUCUGGAAGGAGACACAGUUUAAAUUUUGUGUUUCUCAGUGCUUUGAAUGUGGUCUCAAGUGGCUUCAGAACAAAUACAAAGUCCAAAGCCUGAAUUCCCAGAAUUUCUGUUGUUCAAUAACUUCAUAAUCAGUUUGAACUAAGGGAUGAACUACUAAGCUGAGGCUCUGCUGGUCCUCCCGGGAGACAGUAAAAGAUGGCAAGGGCACAGGUAUAGUGUAGAACUGCACAGGUGCAGAGGGGUCUGCUGAACAUGGGUGUAAAUAGUUCUGGGACAGGGUUCCCAAGAUGUGUAAUGCUGAACAUGAUUUCCACAAAGCUGAAUAAUGUGGCAUUCAAAUUUGACUGCAGAUUUUCAUUCUAAUAAACACCUAUCGAUAAGAAACUGCAUUAUGAGAAAAGCAUUUCUAUAUAUUGCAGGCUUACAAUAAUACAUAAAGUAAUUCAGUACCAAAUUGAUUUUAUCUUUUAAAUUCAAUAAAAUUUCCUCAAGGUUUCACUGUACAAAAUGUGCAAAUUUUAAAACUGUCUCAGAAUAUUUUCUAAGCAGCAAGUUUUUUUUUGUAUUCACAUUCCUUCUGGCCGGAGUGAUUUGAAUGUGUUUGCUCCAAAUUCUCGGCUUGAUUUGAAUUGUAUUUUCAGUGGGUUUAUAACUUUUCACUGCUGAUUACACCCAGAGUUGCCUAUGCACCAGUGAAGUAAUUUACCAUCUACUACAUGCACAAAUAAGUGCUCUGUCUUGAUUGUAGAAUUGCAUUUCCAGUUUUGCUCCAUAUAGGUUGUUGUUCGUAGCUUCAAUGCACUGCAUUUUUGAUGAUUUGAAGCAUCUUUUUCAGAGAACAUUGUUAAAUUACAUUCAUAAUAGGUCCUUGAAUAUUUGAAUCAAUGCCCUUGCAAGAGCAAUCGAAUAUAAGUGAAAUGAAUAGGUUUUUGUUUAUGACUUGGGAUGCUUUCACUUUGCCACUCAGGCAUAAAACUGCUAUCGCGGAUAGAAGAUGCAUGGUAUAAAAGCUGGAAGAGAGCAGGAGCUGCUUAGCAUUAGGCCAGCAUUGCAAAAUUACUUAUUUUUCUAUGAUCCAUUAUUUUGGAAAAGAGCCUUUCAAUCGCUGACUUGAAAUUGUCAAUUCUUAAACAUUAGGGGGUGAAUCACCGAAUCAGUAAAAACUCAUCACUGCCAACUGUAAAAGAAAUGAAAGCUGAAUGUUCUCAAAAAGAAUAGUUUCAUUUUAAUUGUAGCUCCUCCAGUGAUAUAAUUUGAUUUACUGUUUAUAAAUAUGGUGGAGCAUGAUGUAUGUACAGGAGAGUAUGCAAAUGUAAAUGGUCGUAUUUGUAUCAAUUGAUAUCAAAAAUGAGUGAUUUUCAAACACAGGAUUUGAAUAAAUUUAAAAAAAACAAUAUCUGUACAAACUGGCUCAUUCAUCUGUCUUACCUCAAGUUUUGAUUCUUAUCUAUGGCCUAUCUGCAAAUCGUGUACAAUAAAGUGCCAAUAAUCCAGACCCCUCAGAAUUGUGAUGCUGGA